AUGGCGUUCAUUGCUUACGCGCUCGCCUUCCUAUUAUGCAUAUCAAGCAUAAGUUUUUGCCGGGCUGAUCCCUCUGAUCAACUCUCAAAGGAAGAAGUAUUCAAUUCGGAUGUACCCAUUCCCAUUAAGUUAAGCUACGGCAACCAACAAACUUAUAAUAGGGCUAGGCCGCCGACGGGAGAUUUGGAAAAUAAAAUAGCAGCGAAAAUCAAUGAAAUAAGAACUGAGAACUUGCUAAAGGACUCUUUAUAUCAAGACUAUGAUGAGCCGCCCACCAACUUUGCUCUAAAAAAGUUUUGGGGAAAAUGGCGAAGAAGAAGGACAUCCACGAGACCUCCAACAACAGCCCAUAACCCAUCUACCGCAACUGCCGAUCCGGGAUCGACAGGAACUUCAACAACAUCCACUACAGUUUCACCUACAACAACCCCUGACCCAGCAACAUCAACUGCCAUUCCAACACCAACAGGAACUCAAACAACCUCCACUGCAAUUCCGCCUUCUACAACUACUACAACAGAGGCCACAACCUCCACAACAAGUCCGCCUUCUACAACCACGACAACAGAAGCCACAACAACAACCACUACAACGGAAGCCACAACCUCCACUACUAGUCCGCCUUCUACAACCACGACACCAGAGGCCACAACAACAACCACUACAACGACAACAGAAGGCACAACAACAACUUCUACAACGGAAGCCACAACUUCCACUACAAGUCCGCCUUCUACAACCACGACAACAGAGCCCACAACAACAACCACUACAACGGAAGCCACAACCUCCACUACUAGUGCGACUUCUUCAACCACGACAACAGAAGGCACAACAACAACCUCAACAACGGAAGCCACAACCUCCACUACAAGUCCGCCUUCAACAACCACGACAACAGAACCCACAACAACAACCACUACAACGGAAGCCACAACCUCCACUACAAGUCCGCCUUCUACAAACACGACAACAGAAGCCACAACAACAACAACCACUACAACGGAAGCCACAACCUCCACUACUAGUCCGCCUUCUACAACCACGACCACAGAAGGCACAGCAACAACCUCUACACGUCCGACAAGAAGAACAACGACAACAAGAGCUACAAAAACCUCUAGUGCAAUUCCGCAUACAACAACCACAACAACGGAACCCACAACAACAACAAUAACGCAACCCACAACAACAACCACAACAACGAAACCCACAACAACAACCACAACAACGGAACCCACAACAACAACCACUACAACAAAAGCCACAACCAUUACUACACUUCCGCCUAGAAGAACCACGACAACAGAAGCUACCAAAACCUCUAAUGCUAUUCCACAUACAACAUCCACAUCAACCACCACAACAACGGGACCCACAACAACAACCACUACAACGGAACCCACAACGACAACCACAACAACGGAACCCACAACAACAACCACUACAACGAAAGCCACGACCACUACUACACUUCCGCCUAGAAGAACCACGACAACAGAAGCUACAAAAACAUCUAAUGCUAUUCCGCAUACAACAACCACAUCAACAACCACAACAACUGAACCCACAACAACAACCACUACAACGGAACCCACAACAACAACCACUACAACAAAAACCACAACCACUACUACACUUCCGCCUAGAAGAACCACGACAACAGGAGCUACAAAAACAUCUAAUGCUAUUCCGCAUACAACAACCACAUCAACAACCACAACAACGGAACCCACAACAACAACCACUACAACGGAACCCACAACAACAACCACAACAACGGAACCCACAACAACAACUACUACAACAAAAGCCACAACCACUACUACACUUCCGCCUAGAAGAACCACGACAACAGAAGCUACAAAAACCUCUAAUGCUAUUCCGCAUACAACUCAACAUCGACAACCCCCGAUCCGUCAACUGCCGUUGCAGGAUUGGCAGGAACUCUAG